AUGUGUAGCAGAGCUCCCGGAUACUGUGGUCAUAACCUUUGCUGUUGUACUUCCAUUUCUUGCUAUAGUGAACUGCGUAAUCAUUUUCUUCGAGACAUACAUCAAGUAGGAAGAGCUGUAACUUGUGAUAUAUAUCGUCAACAAUGGAUAGGGAAUAAUCGUUCAAAGGGUUUAAAUAGAUCAUUUUAUCCGUCAUCUGAGGAAAUGUACCGACGUACCGAUUGUACCGCAUGUGUUUCAAGAGCUGAUGAGGAAGGUGUGGAAAUGACCUGUGCUGAUGAAAGUGUUGAUACUGUGUGUCGUGGUAUGGAUCUGCUUGUUGGUGGUUCUGUUGUAUGCAAUGGAUAUGGUGAUUGCUGUUGUCAGGGAGAUGACUGUCCAGAAGCAUUGCGGAAUUUCUAUUCAGGUAAUCAGAAAGCGUUGGGACCACCGCGAAUAGGUGAAAGAAAAAGUGCUUGUAUUCUCGAUUUUAAUGUGUUAAUUAUUGUCACUUCUCUAUUUUCAUUGCUCUUUUAG